AUGGGUAAAAACGGAAGCAAAUUGAAAUCCGAUCAGAUACGAACACUGGCAGAACAGACUUACUUUACUGAGAAAGAGAUAAAACAAUGGUACAAAGGAUUUGUGCGGGAUUGCCCAAACGGGAUGCUCACCGAAGCUGGUUUCAUCAAAAUCUAUCGGCAAUUCUUUCCACACGGUGAUCCCACCGAUUUUGCCUGUUUCGUCUUCAAAGUUUUUGAUGAAAAUAAGGACGGUGCAAUCGAGUUUCACGAGUUCAUUCGCGCGCUCUCGAUCACUUCUCGGGGGAAUCUCGACGAAAAGUUACAUUGGGCUUUUAAAUUGUAUGAUCUUGAUCAAGACGGUUUUAUCACUCGUGACGAGAUGCUCUCAAUCGUUGACUCGAUCUAUAAAAUGGUGGGCACAUCGAUUCGAUUGCCCGAAGAUGAGAAUACGCCGGAGAAACGCGUCGAUCGGAUAUUUAAGAUGAUGGACAAGAAUAAUGAUGCUCAGCUGACACUUGAUGAGUUUAAAGAGGGAGCAAAAGCCGAUCCAUCAAUCGUUCACGCACUCUCUCUAUAUGAAGGUCUCAGCAAU